AUGGCCUCAACAGAUGACUGGGCCUCUGAGGCUUCAACACAGAACGGAAACACCACGCAAGAUGAGAAACGACUCCAGGACACGAAAAGUGACGACAAGAAGCAAGUCGCGAAGCAGAAUAAUGAUAGCGGCAAAGUACUGACACCAUGGGUGUACGAUCUUGGUCUGGGAACCUUUAACCUUGCUCUGGAUGUUUUCUUCAGAGAGAUUUAUCCUAGAAACACUUUCAGAAUCCCGAAGAAGGGCCCAGUCAUUAUUGUUGGUGCACCGCAUGCCAAUCAAUUUGCUGACUCUAUCAUCCUCAUGCGACUAUUGAAGCAACACGUAGGACGCCGCAUGUCUUUCUUGGUUGCCGAAAAGUCAAUGAAGGAACCCUAUAUCGGUGCUAUGGCUGGCAAAAUGGGCUCCCUGCCGGUCACCAGAGCUAUGGAUCAUGUCAAGCCUGGACAAGGCUACAUCUGCCUACCGGAUCCUGAGAACGACCCCACUCUGGUUCGCGGUGUAGGAACGAACUUCCUCAAUGGUCAAUACAUGCACGGAGGCAGUAUCAUCAUGCCAAAGCGUCCAGGCUCAAAAGCAGCACCUGAAAGUCAGUACAUCGAGGAGGUUCUUGGACCAAGAGAAUUUCGUCUGCGCAAACCUUUCACAACUGAGGACGCAAUUAUGCAGCUCACUGGCGAGAGCAAAGCUCCCGAUGGAAGCAUGAUCAAGGGCACGAAAUUCAAGGUCGCUCCUCACAUCGACCAGAAUCGUAUGUUCGAUGCUGUUUACCGCGAGCUUGCUAAGGGCGCUUGUGUUGGUAUCUUCCCAGAAGGUGGAUCUCACGACAGAAGUGACUUGCUGCCAUUGAAAGCUGGUGUUGCCAUCAUGGCUUUGGGAUGUUUGGCCCGUGAUCCGGAUUGUGGACUUACUAUUAUCCCGGCCGGCAUGAACUAUUUCCAUGCUCACAAAUUCCGCUCACGAGCGGUCAUCGAAUUUGGUAACCCCAUCGACGUACACCCUGACCAGGUCAAGGCAUUCAAAGCUGGAGGUUCUGAGAAGCGCGAUGCCAUUGGAUCACUUUUGGAGACCAUUUACGAAGGUCUAGCAGCAGUCACGCAACCAAGUCCAGAUCACGAAACAUUGCAACUUAUUCAGGCUACCCGUCGUCUCUACAACCCUCCUGGUCGCAAACUUCCUCUACCUGUGGUCAUUGAGUUCAACAGACGCCUUCUCAAAGGUUACACCAAGUACCAGGACGAUCCGCGGACGUUGAAGCUGAAGAAAGCAGUCGUUGACUACAACCGUCAUCUUCGCGCGCUGGGAAUCAAGGAUCACCAGGUAGAAUGGGGUGAUGCUUCUGCACGCCCUUGGUGGUGGUGCUUGGCAACACUUCUUUAUCGCCUCGGAGAAUUGCUGCUUCUGAGUCUGGGAACAUUGCCAGGCAUCCUCAUGUUCUGGCCGGUGUUUGUGACUUCCAAGAUGAUUUCGAUCAAGAAGCAAAAGAAGGCCCUUGCUGGUUCAGUCGUCAAACUUCAAGGACACGAUGUCAUGGCUACUUGGAAGAUUCUUGUGGCAAUGGCUCUGGCUCCUGCUUUGUACAUCUACUACACAGCGCUUGUAAGCUUCUGGCUCUACUACAACCGUAUCGGCGGGCAAUACACAUAUGCCCUGCCAUGGUACCUGCGCGCACACACCUAUAUCCCCGACUUUGUUUCCCUCUGGCAGUUCUCUAUCUUUUUCUUCGCUCUCAUGGUUUCCGUUUCGUUGGCUGCCCUUCGUAUUGGCGAGAUUGGCAUGGACAUCCUCAAAUCACUCCCUCCGCUUUUCGUCGCCCUGAAUCCUGCUUCCUCGGCAUCGCUCACCCAACUCCGCGCUCACCGCAACGCUCUUGCCAAACAGGUGCGCGAGACAACCGAUGCCAUCGGCCCUGAUGUAUUCCCUGGAAUGGUCGCUCGUGCUAUGGAACAAUCGGAAGACGAGCAUGAAGGUGAAGCCUACCAGUCGAAGAUGAGGAAGAGUUCAUUGGCCGAAAAGGCUGAAGACAGAAGUAGAAGCCGUGGACCUCGUCCAUUCUGGUUGCCUGGCGCUCUUACACCUGGAAGCAGAUCUACCUCUUUCUCGAUGGAGUCGCCUGCUCCCGAGAGACGAGGCAGAGGUAGAGCACAGGAGGAAAAUGUCGAUGACAAGGCAAAGGUUGAUGAAUACAUUGACUAUAGUUAUUAG